GCUCCACUCAAUCCUCAUUUAACCCUUAGGACAGUGGGCGUUGAGGUAGCCUUAGAAAUUUGUAAUUUUAAUGACUAGUGUAGGCCUUAUGUCACCAGACCUGAGUUUGUAGACGGCCUUGCUUGAACAAGACCAUAAUGUUUACUAUGUUUACAUUUUUGUCAGCUAUUUCCAGUUUCAGUUUGAAGCAAAAAGCUUUGAGGACUGGUUCAGAAUUGGAGCCCACCAAUAUUGCUACAGUCAAUGAGGACUACAUCACUGUGCUGAGGACAAGUAAAAUUCAAUCUAGUAGUCUUGGGGCAGUGAACAGUGUGAAUUUUGAAUGAUGGCCUGGUUGUUAAGGGAUUAGCUUGUCAAAGCUGUUUGCCUAGGUACUACGGGGAGGUGGGGUAGCCUUGUGGUUAAAGUGUUCGCUCGUCACACUGAAGAGCAGGGUUCUAUUCCCUACAUGGGUACUAGGUGUGACGUCCAUUUCUAGAGUCUUUGGCCAUGAUAGCGCAGGAAUAUUGCUAAACAUGGCGUAAAACAAUCCUCACUAGCAGCUAGGAUUACCUGGGUGUGCUAAGCUUAUUUCCUAGGUUUCCAUCCCCAUACAUAUCUCUUAAAGAUGUUUCUAAUGCACAUUUCAGACUGCUAGACUAACAUGUAGUCUCUAGAUUUAUUUUAUAAAAAAACAGUUGUAUAAUGAUCUUAACAUAUAAUACCCGCCGUGAUAUUGCUGGAAUAUUGCUAAGAGCGGCGUAAAACCAUACUCACUAACAUAUAAUAAAAAGGAGUCCAGAGACUUCCAGAUACUGCAGUCAUCUUGACUUGCUGACUAUUAUAGACUUGCAAGGGAUGUAUUUGAUAUGUUUUUAGCGUCUGUAUAACUAACAGCUAGCUUGAAUUGCAUAUUUACUUGAGGAUCGUGACUUUUGAAACAAAUGCAGGUAUUCCAGUCAUAACGCAGAUCUAUGCUUUGUUGUUUAACGCCGCACUCGGCAAUAUGACGGUUGUUGCGCAGGGCUAUAGGGAUGAGAAACAAAUUACUACGGUCAAAGGGAGAUAAUCCUACACAUUCUGUACGGAACGACAGCUUAGUGGCAAGCAUUUUGUUUGACAAUAAUUUGAAGGAGCUGCUUGGGACCAGUUAUCGAAAAUAUUUUAUAAAGUGUUUGCAAUCAUAAUUCAUGAUAUCGGACAAUAUACAUGUAUCAUACAUACAUGGAAGUAUAUACCUAGAUUGCCGAAAAUCAAACAUUCACUAAGGGCCGACAGCCUAGAGGUGAGAAGGAGCCGGGUUCGAUUCCCAACAAGGAUGUAGACAUACACACCCAUGCUCAUACAUAUCGUCGCCCCUUACAUAGAUGCGUGUUCGUGUUGGGGUGAAUAUGACUGAGGGGUAUAUAAAGGAAUAUGUCCAGUCUUUUGAUGCCCGUCCUGAUACUGAUGCUACUCUUGUUCUUGGGUAGUGAGCGUUUUCACACGCCUAAAUUUAAGUCAAUUAAGUUACAAAGUAUACUGGGCCGUAAAAGAAACGCGAUUUCAUGAAAAUGCUUUUCACCUUUUGACCGUUAAAUUUGGAAACAGAACAAUGUCAAUUAGGAGACCCCCCCCAAAAAAAAAAACAAAAAAAAAAAAAGAAAGAAAAGAAAAGAAAAAACACACACAAAAACAACAAAACAAAAAACCCAUCCAUUUUAGAAUGGGAAACUUUCAUGAAGUGACGUUUCUUUUGCGGUUCAGUAUAUAUACUGAGGGGGGCGCCUCUUGCAACAAGCAUGGGUCCCUGAAGACCAACUUAACCCGCACAUUCGCGUGUGUCAGAAUAUGACUACCCUGGAUCACUUCGGGCUUUCCUCCCACAUUAGGCUGACACGCCGCGAUAUAACGGGAAUACUGUUAAAAGCGGCGUUAAAACCAACUCACUCACCCACUAGAUCCAGGCGUGUCCGGAUCAGACAGAAAUCGUUCUUUCCAACGAAAAGGUACUUUCGGUUUGGGUUUACCCAGAAUCGUAUGUUCGCCGCCAUCUUGAGCUCUGCUUUCAAAGAGUCCCUGUUGGUUACGUUAACUAUUCUUCAUUUUCGCUGUCCUGUGCGUCUGUUACGCGGUGUAUUUCCUGCAUGGAUAUAUAUGUACGACAGAAGGAUACGAGUGCGGAACAUUUUGUGAGCAUUUCCUGAGUACAGGGCGAUAACUCGUGGUUCAAUAAUGACUGGAUGUGAUAUGUGAGAGCUUCGGGAGAACUAUUCUACACAGUAGCGAUCCCUUGAAUAAGAUUCAACCCAUCUGCUAGACUUGUUGGUAACCAAAGCAAUGGCCAAUGGAUCUCAUCUAAGCUGGCCCACGUUGCUGACUCGGGAGAAACUCAGGGAACUUGCUCAGUGGAAUGUCUGGGUGUUUUUAACCAAGUCUGCAUUGUCUCGAAAGACUUUCCAUAUUGAUUUUAUGAACAUGUCCUGAUAAUUAUACCAGUAAAAUACCAUCCUCUAAGUUUGGUUUCAAACAAGAAAAUUGUAAAUUACAGUAAGCUCAUUGCUUCAGAGCAUGUGUUGUGAAAUGAUGUCAAGAAAGUCAACAUGGCAUGUAUUGCCAAUCUGUAGGCAUCAAACAGCUCCCAGUGAUUAACCAGGGACCACAGAAAGUAUCCCGGGGAUUGCCAAAGACUCGCUGCAUCAUUGUUUCAUCAACUACAAGAACUGAUUUAGGGAGUUGGGACAUGGCUCAGGACAGUGUCGACAUGGAGGAGGAGGAGACUUUGCCACCAAGUGGCGACAUUGAGCAAGAGUUGGUGCCACCUGGUGGUGACGUUGAGCAUGAGGUGGCGGCACCAAGUGUUGACAUUGAGCAUGAGGUGGCGCCACCAAGUGGUGACAUUGAGCAAGAGGUGGUGCCACCUGGUGGUGACGUUGAGCAUGAGGUGGCGCCACCUGGUGGUGACAGUGAGCAUGAGGUGGCGCCACCAAGUGGUGACAUUGAGCAUGAGGUGGCGCCACCAAGUGGUGACAUGGAGGAAGAGGAGACUUUGCCACCUGGUGGUGACAUUGAGCAAGAGGUGUUGCCACCUGGUGGUGACAUUGAGCAAGAAAUGGUGCAACCUGGUGGUGACAUUGAGGCUGAGGUGGCGCCACCUGGUGAAGAAGAGUAUCAGGGUCUGCCCGCCAGUAGGCAUCUUGUCCCAGAUGCACAUUCCGCUCCAGCCAUUCCUCUGGUGGUGUCAGAACAAGCUGAAGAAGACACUGUCCCGAACACUACUCAAGCCGACCAAACACACCUUGUAUCACGACUGUGCGAAGAACCCAAUAGUCUGUCAAUCUAUAUGAGACACAUCAUUGAGCAAGAAGGUAUAAAUGUGUCCGAAAAUUUAACAAUAUCAACAUCAGAAGGUGAACGAGAAGCCCAAGAUGAGGAUGCAGAACAACAGCCACUUAACUUACUGUCACAAAUCAGUGGGGGAGAAAUAUCACUGCAUGAGCGAACUGAUUUUAAUCAGUAUCAUAACAUGAGGCUGAUAAUGGACUCCACUUUGGGUCAGUCAUUUAUUGGUGGACAAACUCAUCCUGCUGAAAGACUGUAUCUCAUGGAGAGAAACUUUAACAUUGAACAGAUUGUCACAAUAUGGGAAAUGCCUGAUAUAUAUCAGCGAGACCAAUUGCUUAGUAGCUUUUGCGAGAACUCAACGUACAGGCCAAACAUUGUCCAGAGAGGUGGCUAUCUAGCACUGUUACGCACGCUGAGCAACCUUGACGCUGUCAUCAGCCAGAUGCCACAAGAACUUCACGAUGCUGUGGAAGGUGUUCUGUUGAAUAAUCAGGAUCUUCUGGAACCGUCAAACGGUCACUUUGAAUAUGGCCAUGAAUACGUCUGUGUACAUCAAUAUAACCAAAGAACCCUCAGGUGCCGUCUACCAAAUGGCCAUUUCAACUUUAUCAGAAAAACGUACUACUUCACUGAAUGGUCCAAAGAGCAGAUGAUAGUUCCGUUCCUGUGUGGCACAAGUGUCGUCAAGCCCCUGGGGCUGACCUGGGGCCAGGGGAAGGUCCACGUCUUCCUGCCGGUCAUCGAAGGUGAAACUCUGACUGAUCUGUUGAAACGGGUUGAUCGAGGUUUGACGCCACCAGAGGUGAUACUCCUGACAUACGAGCUGCUGAACAUCCUGUCCAUAUUUCAAGCACACAACUGUCUUCAUAGAAACAUUACUCCGGACAACGUCAUCAUAAGCUGCUCCAAUAUGCGUGUGAACCUUGUCGGACUCGGAGCCAUGUGUCGGCAACAGAAUGCGUUGUCAUGGAUACCUCCAAACCUCAGUUUGUACUCUGCUCCAGAGUUGGCGAGAGGAGAAGACCAUACAGGUAGUGUGGACCAGUACAGUUCAGCGUGCAUUAUGAUCAGUGCACUGACAAGAAGAAUUCCCUUCUUUGAGGUCAAUGGAACACAGAGGACCAGACAGAAUUAUUUGUUCAGGAUUGGCCAAGGUCUUUACCCGCCACCUGUAGACGACCUUGGCCUUGGCCUUGGCAACUGUCUCUUACGCCUUCUCAAAGCCAUGAUUCGCUCAGAAGGGGAAAUUCUGCCAACUUAUUUCUGGAAUACAGGGAGAAGGCCACGGUGGAAAAACUCCUACUUUCAACCUUCUCCUCCGACCAUGGCUGACAUUACAAGAAGAUUGAUAGCAGUGUAUCCACAGCAGCCUAACCUCAAUAUUCCCAGUGAAGAGAUUCUGUCCUCAGCUUGUGAAGUGAGUGAGGUCACCGAGGAGCAAGAAACCACUGCCGUGAGGAAAUAUGACCGUGGCAAUUCUCAAAAUGAUAGCGGUCAGUUCACAAGCACAUCAAAUGAAUUCUGUACAGUUGUCGUGAAAGAAGAUGGAGUGGAGGUAGUGACAUUGUCUUUGCCAUGGAAUACGUUGACCCGCAGAGUGUAUAGCCAACUAAGUGAGCAGAUAAAGAUAACUGGUAAAUAUGUUCUGCUAUACAAUGGACAGAUUGUGAGGUUUGACACACUUCUUAACGAUUUGCCACAAACACAUCUAUCCAUGCCAGUCCAUCUGCGAUUGCGAAGAGAAGACAGGGUAGAGGAGCCUGGGCCAGAUGACUCAGGGUCAAGGUCAAAUCAGAGGUCAGGGUCAAGGACAGUUGUAGAAGGGGCUGCCUACAAUGGGGAUGACCAUGUUGUUUAUGAUGACUCUGUGCAAGCAUGUGACCUCCCCUCAAUGGCAGGGGAAAGUGACAGCCAGUGUGAUGCUCCUGAAGGUGACAGAACUCAGAGGAGAGUUCCUUCAACACUUGCCUUUACUGGGGCAUUUGAUGGUGCUAAAACACUUUUUGUAGGACAAGCAGACUCCCAACGGAGGAACCGAUCUCGGGGGACUUAUACCUUUGAAGAUGCAACAAAUGAUGAAGAUGACAAGGAUGACAUAGCUGCAACUGCCAUCUCUCAUCAGGAAUACAGACUUGAUGAAGAAGAUGAUGAAGGAGACAGGCUGCAGGAGGAAGCAGAGGAAGGAAGGGAGGAAGUGAGUCCUGGAGACAACAGUGAUGUACUUGAUGAAGAGGAGUCACCAACUACAGAUGAAGCAAACGAUGUGGAACAUGAGAAUGAAGCUUGUGAUGAAGAUGCAGAAGGUCGAGCAAAUUCCAGAUCCACAAAUAUGGAAAGACUAAUGUCAUCUGAAGAGCAAGAGGAUACUCUGUCUGAUGGGGCUGGAGGCAGUGAGAAGGAUGGAGAGGAUGUAGGAAGGAACAGUGAAGAUGAUGAGUCAGUUUGUGGUGACUCACAGACAUCUUCUGAUGAAAUCUUCAGUGAAGAUGAAGAAGCAGAUGAUGAGAAAGGUGGAUAUGUUGCAGGUCAUCCAUCAAGAAAUCAACAAAGGGUCAGUGUUGAGCCAGAAGCAUCAGAUUUUGACCCAGAUGUCAAUGUAGAAAACAAUGUUGAUUCUGAAGUAAACGUGAAUGGUUCCGUGUCUCAUGGAAGUGAUGAUGAUGAGGAAAGUGAUUCUGGGCUGACGGGGGAUGCUCCUGACUCUAGCUCAUUCUCUGAGGUUGGUGUGACUGUGACGAAUGAGGCUUCAACGCCAAUGAGUGAAGAGUGUGGUUCUCUGGAGGACGAAGACUGAAGCGUGUGGUCCUCUGGAGGACAAAGACUGACAAUACACUGAACCUUCAUCUUGUGCUAAAAAAUCAGAAAUUAUGUCUUAAUAUUGGUUAAAGUAUUUUAUAGGUCCCUGGUUAAAGUGCUAUUUUAGUAUUGUUGAUGUUCUGCAUUCCAUUUAGUAUAUUGUGUAGAGGAAUAUGAAGAAUAUGGAAUGCAGAAUAUGGAAAACCAGGAGUAACCAUGCUUUAAAGUGCUUUUUUAUAUACA